AUGGGUGAUACGAAUGGACAAAUAGUAGCUGGUGGUAAUGGCCAAGGAAAUCGAUUGGAUCAAUUGAAUGAACCAACCGAUGUAUUGAUCGACAAAGAGACGGAUAGUCUCAUUAUUUGCGAUCCAGGUAAUCAACGAGUCGUACGAUGGUCUCGUCGUAGUGGUACAACUCAAGGAGAAAUCCUCAUCGACAACGUCACUUGUGUAGGAUUGGCCAUGAAUGAUCAGAGAUAUCUCUACGUCUCUGACCACGACAAACAUGAAGUAAGACGAUAUCAAAUUGGAGACAAAAAUGGAACUCUUAUAGCUGGUGGCAAUGGCGAAGGUGCUGGUCUCGGUCAGUUCAACAAGCCGACCUACAUCUUUGUCGAUCAACAACAGACUGUCUACGUGUCAGACAACAACAAUCAUCGUGUAAUGAAAUGGAAUAAAGGUGCAAAAGAAGGAAUUGUCGUUGCUGGAGGUCAAGGCUGUGGGAAUGCUCUGACACAGUUGUGUCAUCCUAACGGACUGUUUCUCGAUACAUUGGGUACCAUCUAUGUGGCAGAUUGCAAUAAUGAUCGAGUGAUGCGUUGGCCUAAAGGAGCGAAACAGGGCACUGUCAUUGUGAGUGGAAAUGGUGAAGGAGAAGGAGCAAAUCAGUUCCACAAUCCAAUCGGUUUGUCUUUCGAUCGACAUGGCAAUCUCUAUGUCGUCGAUAAUGAAAAUCAUCGUGUUCAACGCUUUUCAAUUGAAUAG